AUGGUCCCGAUGUCUUAUCUUAACCACUUGGAUAAUCCAGACUACAGGAAGGACUUCACCUUGAUGCGAUGUACAGUCAGCUUUGAGUCCAACAACACCAUAGACACCAACGAGAUAUUCGAGGAAGGACACAUUCUCAGGCUUUAUAAAGUAUUCGAGGAACAUCCGAUCUCUGAACACCCCUUCCUGGGCACCAAGAUGGCCGUGCCUCUGAAUACAUCUGGAUCUGGCAAUGAAUCUACGCAGCCGUCUACCGAGGAAGGGAACAGGCUGCAUUGGGCGGCCCUGCUCAUCCUUAUGGUUAUCAUCCCCACUAUUGGGGGGAAUAUCCUCGUCAUACUGGCCGUGUCCUUGGAAAAAAAGUUGCAAUACGCCACCAAUUACUUCCUCAUGUCUCUGGCCGUGGCCGAUCUGCUUGUCGGGUUGUUUGUGAUGCCGAUAGCCCUUCUUACUGUAAUGUUCGAGAUAGCGUGGCCCCUUCCGCGGGACCUGUGCCCCGUCUGGCUGUUCCUGGACGUCCUCUUUUCCACAGCUUCCAUUAUGCAUCUCUGCGCCAUCUCGCUGGACCGCUACAUUGCCAUAAAAAAGCCAAUCCAAGCCAUCCAGUACAACUCCCGGGCCACGACCCUCAUCAAAAUAACCGUAGUGUGGCUGAUUUCAGUAGGCAUCGCUCUUCCAAUCCCCAUCCGUGGACUUGGGGAAGGCACCACGACCCUCACAAACUUCACCUGUGUCCUGACGCCUCAGCGCUUUGGAGACUUCAUCCUUUAUGGCUCAGUCGCGGCCUUCUUCGUCCCGCUGGCCAUCAUGGUGGUGACCUACUUCCUCACCAUCCGAGUCCUGCGCAAGAAGGCCCACCUGAUCAACAAGCUGCCGCAGCGCUUGAACUGGAGCGUCGUGUCCACGGUUUUCCAAGGAGACGUGACGCCCGGUUCGUCGCCGGAAAGGCUGGCCACGCAGAAUGGCUCAAGGAAGGACAAGACUUUGACCAAAGGAAGAGAAGAUCUGCUCAUGCGCAGGGUGUCCACAGUUGGGAAGAAGUCGGUCCAGAACAUUACUAAUGAACAACGGGCGUCUAAGGUCUUGGGGAUCGUCUUCUUUCUCUUCUUGUUGAUGUGGUGCCCGUUCUUCAUAACCAACAUCACUUCUGUCCUCUGCAAGUCCGCCUGCAGUGAGGGAUUUAUCCAAAAGCUCAUGGAGAUAUUCGUUUGGAUAGGGUAUGUUUCAUCAGGCGUGAACCCGCUGGUCUACACCCUUUUCAACAAGACCUUCAGGGAGGCGUUCGGCAGGUACAUGACCUGCAAUUACCGGACCUCGCUGUCUGCACGGGGCCUUCGGAAAUGCUCCAGCAGGCUCUCGUUCAGAAAUUCUGUAGCGGAGAACUCAAAGCUUUUCAUGAUGCACCACGGGAUGCGGAACGGGAUUAACCCUGUCAUGUACCAAAGCCCAAUCCAGGCCUCAUCGGCUAUUCUGCUGGACACGCUGCUGCUCACAGAGAACGAAAUGGACAAAACGGAAGAACAAGUCAGCUACGUAUAG